CUGAUGCAAAAAAUGGCUUUUAUACUAAUUAUAAGUAAACUAAAUAAGUACACUUACCUAAUGACUUAGAAAAUAGUUCCAAUGAAAUAAUUUCAUAUCAAGGUUCCCCAAGGAAGUACGAUAGGGCCCAUACUUUAUUAACUGAACGCAAAAAGUUAAAAUUUUUAAAAAGAGUUUUACAAGAUUAAACCCUGCUUCCUGCUAAGAUAUAAACGCCACCUUUGAUUGCCACUUUUAAUAAGUUAUGAUUAUUUAUCUUGGAUGAAUGUUAUUUAUAAAUGCCACUUUGAUUAUGAGAGGACUAUGACACUAGAUAAUAGUGAAAAUGUCAGUGUAGGUACCUAAAGUAUCCUUAAUUAAAAUUUUCUAUUUAAAUUGUACCUAAAACUCAUUUACAAUGAAAAUUGUACCUACUGGUUAAAAUUGUUAUCGAAGGUCAUAAGUUAUGGCCAUAAGUAGGAAAUAGUGGGUUUAUAUAUGGUUCUGAGUUAUAACAAUUUCUUGCAUUAAUACCUAGUUGCAUAAUAUUAAUAUUGUUAAUAAUGUUCUAUGCCACAAAGAAUAGAUUUUGAAAUAAUCAAAGCGUUUUAGAUGUAAAAAUAAAACUAAUAUAAAUUAGACGUUAUUUUUAAAAAGUGCGAAUUCUGUGGCUUACCACAACUUCCGUUGGAGGUUCCUAACUGUGGUUCCUAAGUAUCGAAAUACUGUAUCAUUUCCCGAAACAACCAAAAAAGUAUGUAUACUAUUAACAAAACGACAGUAAGUAACAAUAUAAACCAUAAUAAGGAGAGCAAAAGCCAUUCUAAGAAAAAUAAUAAUCAGUAUGAUUAUUUAUUUAAUGAAUGCUCUCUAUUUUCAAAAUAUACUGAAAUACUUCCCACCCAAUGUCCGAAAAAAUCUGGGAAUGAAUGUAACAAAAUAUUUCUUUACUUUGAAACACAAGAGAAUAAUCACAACUUACAGAUUCAAUCUCAAACGAAUAAAAUGGGUCACGGAAUAUCAAUUAAUGAUAUGCAAAAUGAUCUAGAUAUUAUAACAUUUUCUGAAAACAGGAAACGAAUUGGUAACUUCAUACUAAUUUAUAUAGACUUUCAUGAUCAUUAUAAAUCAAUAAAUACGAUGGUCACUGGAUCGUUAGAAAAAAGUUGCGAUAGCUCAUCUUAUGUUUUAACCACGGAUAUAACAUGUGAUAUAACCAGAGCCUCCACUAGCAUCUCCAAAAUCACUCCUUCACAAAAGCCAAGGUGUAUACUUUUAGCAGAUAAAGAUUUAAGAUUUACUAUGAAUAUUCAAGUAACAAGGAACAAUGAAAUUACAAAUAAUUACGUGCCUGGAACAGCUUUGUCUCCAAUGUUUUUCAAAUGGUAUUUUCAAAAUAUUACUCAAGGCUUACGUUUAAAAAGCAUCUUCAAAAACAUCAAUAUAAACACGAGUAGAAAUGUCGUCAAAGAAGAUAAAGAAAUAGCCUUUCACAUACAGGUAUCCCAUCAAUCGACGCAAGCUACCCGCGUGAAAAAAUAUCAAGACAUAGACACUAAUACAGAAUUGGAAAGAUAUUUGAGAACGGAACAUGAUGUAAAAUUAAGUGAGAAGCAUUCUUUAAAUUCUUUGAAUUCUAGCAUAUGGCUUCCCAAGCUGUGUGGCGAUUCAUCUGAUAAAAAAAUUAGUUUUUUGUCGUACAUUUUGAAAUGCAGCUGCUUUAACGAGGCUUUAGUCAACUUGGACGCAGCGGAGAAAUUUAUCAGAACUACCUACGACACUAUGUUAUCUCCAUCUUUCAAAAAAGUAUUUUUAAAAGAUUUAGGAAAAACUUUAGUAUCUAUGUUCAUACAUUCAGCAAUUUAAACAAAUUUUUUAGUUCUUUUUAGGAAGUUUGACGGUAGUUUCACUGUUGAUUUUAAUAAAAUUUUAAUUCAUUA